AUGACCAGCGCUGGAGCUGGGAACAUCACAUGGCAGGCAGGCAGCAAGCUGGCCUUCUCCGCAUCGCUGAGCCAUCUGCUGAGUGACCAGGCCCACGUGACAGCACUGCUGGAGAGGAAGGAGGAAGAUGGACAGUGGGUGGCCGCCCUGGGUGCCGAGCUCUUCAUGUCAGGGCUGGCGGGGCUGCAUGCCCUUGGCCUGCUGCAGCAGUCCAGCUCUGGCACAAGGAGGACUCAGGCCACCUGCACUCACAGCUGGGCGAACUACGGGAAGCACUGGGAUGAGAGCAGCAACAACAGGCAUCUCCGUGUCAGCCAGACCUUCAGGAAUGACUUGGAGCCCACCCUGAGCAAUCACUUGGUGGAGGUCUUCAUGGACAUUCACAAUGAUAGCUCAGGCUCUGAGCAUUCUGGACACAUCCUGAUGGGACCCACAUCUCUAAGUUACUCUGUGAGCUGCUGUUACCAUGACGAGCACCUGGAGCUCUCCGGCCAGAGCUGGCACAACAGUGAGGCUUUGUUGUGGGUGGAGUUCCCAGGCAAGGCCUCCCUGAGCACAGAACUGCAGAUACAUGAGACCCAGACCCAGGCCAGCGUGGCCCUUCAUGGCAGGGACAGUGGGGUCAGCGUGGACCUGGCAGUCCUGGUGGCUUGGCCACUGCGCAGCCCGCUGCAGCUGGUGGCCAAUGCCAGCCGCACAGCUGUCUACACCCGCACACCUGGCAGUCUGCUCCCUCCUCAGCUUGUGUUCCAAGGACCCUGGGCGGUGGAAGAGAUGAGCUCCUCACUGCGGCUGACCUGCGAUUCUCACGCCAGCUUGGUCCUUAACGUCUGUGGCCAGAACCAGGCAGUCAGCCUGCAGCAGGUCCCUGUGGGCCAUCCUUGGAAACUCCUGGCUCCAGCUUUCCCAAACAUACCCAGGUUUACAUUCCUGGGCCGGCCCCCAGCCAGGCCCACGAGCCCUUCAGGAGACUGGGGAGGUCUCCUCACCCAGUGCCUGGUGCCUGGCGUUGCCUCACCCACACUGCUAUACUACUCCAAGGAUGAGGUUCAGAGCACGUUUGCCUUGGGUGCGGAAGAGCGUCAUUUUCACAUCAGCACCCGGCUGGUAGCUGCUAAGGCCAGUCUCCCCAACAACUUGAAGCUGGAACAGACUUUCCUACAGGCAGAAGCCUGUGUCAGGUUUCCCUGUGGCGCCAUCAUUCUCUUCCAGCUCAGUGCUCUUCCUGGGGAGAUGGUCCUGCAGACCACAUAUGAGCGAGCUCAUGGGACCCGUGUCUUGCACCAGGAGUUGCUGUGGAAUGGCCAGGUGUUGGCUGUCACUGGGAGCCUCUCUGGGCUUCUCCCCAAGCCCUUCAGGAACCUCAGCCUGCAGGGAGAGGUGAACGCUAAUGAAGCCCCAAUGGCAGCCAUGAGCCCCAGGGUCCUCCAGGAACAGGCAUCCCUGGAAGGGGCUGUCAUUCGUAGCCUGUGCAGCCAUGCAGACUGUCAGUUUCUGUGUGAGAAACCCGCUGGGCACAGAGAAGAUCCCGACCCCCGACCUCCCAGCUCCCUGCAGCCCAUCCGAACAGCCUUCACCUUGAUGGAGAAGGUGGUCUGUGCGGGUGGGAAAGAGGUGCGGCCGGUCUGGGUGCAGCUCACCUGGAACAGAGGACAGCCUGUGACCCUGCAGCCUGCCUGGGCCAACAGGUUCUCAGCACACAGCACUGCCUGGGACGGCUGCCUGGCCACCUCCCCGGGGCAGCUCCAGGAAACCUGGGGCCUGGAUGCCCUCCGAGCCUGCGGGGCCAUAACACAGACCCCAGACAUGUUCAUUGAACAGCUCAAUGUGUCCUGGGGCCAGCAGUACAUGCAGCAGAACUUGACAUAUGAGCCGGACAAGAUCACCGUGGAGGCCACACUGGAGCACAUCCUCGGGGCCUCUAGUGCCCCACAGAGCUUCCAGGGAGAAGUACAGACUGACUACGCACACUGGCUGUGGCACUCCCUCCACCUGCGGCUCUGUGACCUGCCAGGAUUCUCUUCCCAGGCCCUCUUGGUCUCCGGGGAGCACAUCCUGGGCCGGAAUGGGCUCCUGAUGCAUUCCCACUGCCAGCUGGGCCUUGCCCCAGCCCCAGACCACGGCCUGCACCUCAGCCUGACCCUCCAAAACCACAGCAGGCCUCGUUCGCCUGACUUCUCUGGGGAGCUGGUGACUCGCCUGUCCUGGUCCUGGUCCCCCCAUGCUCCCAAGGCUGGGCACCUGCAGGGAUUGAGCGGGGAGCUACCGAAAGUGGAGGAGGAGGAGUGGGCAAAAGGAAACAUCAUGGGUACACCAGCAGGUCCCCUUCUGGCUCGAGGGGGCAGAGAAGAGAGGUGUGGUGCUUCGGGCGUGUGCCCACAGGUGGACGGCAAAGGCAGAGGUCCUGUUCCGGGACGGCAGGCAGCCCUCCAGCCCCUGGGAUGCCUGACCCUGCAGGCUGCCAACCAGAGCCUCCUGCUGGCUGCGCACGGCUGCCAGGGGCGCCUGCUGGGCCACGUGGAGGUACAGACAGCAGGCACCCUGGAUGGCGUGGCAGGCCUCCUCCUGCAGCUGUCUCAGGCAGGGCUGGAGGCCGUGCAGGCGAAUGGUCAGGCAGUUGCCACCCUGUGGAGCCAGAGCCAGGCCAGGCAGGCACUGACCCAGCACCAGCCUCUUUACCUGGCCUGGCUGCAGGUGGGGCUGGAGCAGCUGCGGAACGAGCUGGAAUGGCCCCUGGCCACUCUGAAUGACGCCUACCUGGAGGUGACACUGCAGGCCCUGGAGGAGGUGUGGCAGCUGCAGUCCUGGGUGCCCGGGAUGCCAGGCAACAGGGGUCGUAGGCCCAUCAGGGUGGCCCUGGGGACCGUGAAAGGCGCCCUGGAGCUGGUGGCCCACCAGAUGCUGUCCUGGGCUAAAGCCACGUUCUCAUGGGCACUGAAGAGGCUCUGCAAACCCCUGCUGGACCUGUACAGCCUCGCAGCCAGGACCUACUCAGUGGUGGUGAUGCUGCCACUGCUGCCUGGGGGAGAUGAGCCCCUGGAUGUGGCCCGGGUGACCAGCUACCUGGUGGAGGAGAAGCUGCCACGGCCACUCCGAGAGCUGUCCGGGGCCGACAUGCUGGCUCAGAUGCCACCUGCUGCAGGGUCCCUGGGAGUAUGGUGCUUCCCUGCCACGGGCACAAGCAGCCUCAAGGCAGCUCAGGGACCACACUGGCUGGACUGCUCAGAGCUGCUCCUUCACAGGCCAUCUCUUCCCUACCCUGAAGAGGGCAGGGCUGCAGGACACCACUCUCAUCAUGCCCUGGUGGCUGGGGCCCAGCACAUGGUGACAUUCAAUGGCCGGGUGUGGGACCUCAGCGCCCAGUAUGGCAGCAUCCUGCUGGCCCAAGACUUUACUCACAACACAUUCUCCCUGAUGCUGAGUCGGACAGACUUGGGGCUCAUGGCCCUGACCGUGGAGCUGAAUCACAUGACCCUCAUCUUCUACCCCAGCCUGCAGGUGAGAAGAGGCCUGAGCUUCCCCCAGAGACCUGAGCCUGUGGCAGGCCUACAGGCUAUACAACUCUUCCCUGCUGGGGAGAGCUGUCCAGACCUCCAGCUGCAGCCUGCCUUGACAAGGAGGGACAUCCCCAGGAUUGAGCUGGCCAGUGAGGACGGGGUCUCCGUCUCCUGUGACGUGCCCACCGGCCUCUGCAGCCUGACUCUGGGCCUCUGGCACCAUGGCCUUCUGGGCACUGACUACAAUGAAGCAGAAGAGCUGAUGUUGCUGGACGGCUCUGUGGCCUGCAGCGUGGAGGAGCUCAGGCUGGCCUGGCAGGUGGAUGUUGACUGCAGGGCCACCGAGAAGACUCAGUAGGCCUGCCCAGGACAGAGCCCCACCUAGGCCUUCUUCCAGGACCCCUGCUCCAGCUUGGGGAACUGCUUCUGGGUGGUGGACCCUGCACCAUUCCUCAGCCUGUGUGUAGGCCCCUGUGGCACCUGGGAGCUCCAGCCUGCCUGCACUCUGGUGGCCACCUACAUCCACCUAUGUGCCUGCAGCUUUGUGCCCCUGGCCCCUCCCCGCCCCGUGUGGGUCCCCACUCGAGUGAGCCUUCACCAGCUUACAACCAGCGUCACGGGCAGCUCUGACUCCUCCUGUGCCCCAGGUGUCUCUGGGCCAGAAAGCUGUAGAUCUGUGGCUGCCAAACCUAGUUGA